CCGUGUUAUCAUGGUUAUAUAUUUAUUUUGUGUUCUCUUCUUGUGUGUUUUUUGUUACGAACCAAACUGGGAGUCUCUUGACAAAAGAAAAAAUCCUGAAUGGUAUGAUGAUGCUAAAAUCGGGAUAUUUCUUCACUGGGGGGUGUACAGCGUGCCUGGAAACAUGGUAUGGUUUUGGUAUUACUGGCAGCGAGAAAAACAACCCGAAUUUGUUAACUUCAUGAAGAAAUACUACCCGCCCAGUUUUCAGUAUGCAGACUUCGCUCCAGAAUUCCGGGCUGAGUUUUUUGAUGCAGACCAAUGGGCAAAAACCCUUAAAGACUCGGGUGCAAGGUAUAUCGUUCUUACAUCCAAGCACCAUGAGGGGUUCACAUUGUGGCCAUCCAAAUAUUCGUGGAAUUGGAAUUCCAUGAGUGUGGGUCCCAAAAGAGACCUUGUGGGUGAAUUCUCAACAGCCAUAAAGAAGUCAGGACUGAGGUUGGGUCUGUACCACUCACUUUAUGAAUGGUUUAACCCUUUAUACAUGAAAGACAAAGCCAACAACUUCACUACCAAAGACUUUGUGAAGGCCAAAACUAUGCCAGAGCUGUAUGAAUUGGUGAACACCUAUCAUCCGGAGUAUGUGUGGUCAGAUGGAGCUCCAUUGGACAGCGGAAACAGUUCCUACUGGAAUGCACCAGAGUUCGUAGCUUGGCUCUACAAUGAAAGCCCAGUCAGAUAUACUGUGGUCACCAACGACAGAUGGGGAAUGGAUGUUUCCUGUAAACAUGGAGGCGUGUUGACUUGUUCCGACAGAUACCAUCCAGGAAAGCUACUGCAUAGAAAAUGGGAGAGUGCAUUCACUAUUGACAAGACAAGCUGGGGGUUUAGAAAGAAGGCUGUUCUUGCUGAUUUCAUGACAAUGGAGGAGUUACUGUAUAACGUCAUAACCACAGUAAGCUGUGGUGGAAAUGCAUUGAUUGAUGUUGGACCAACACCAUAUGGGACUAUACAACCCAUAUACCAAGAGAGGCUAUCACAGCUGGGAAGUUGGCUAAAAGUAAAUGGCGAGGGUGUAUACAGGACAACACCAUGGAUAUACCAAAAUGACACUGUAAAUCCACAUGUUUGGUACACUGUUUCCAAAUUUUCCUCCAUACUUGUGUAUGCAUUCUUACUGGAGUGGCCAGAAAACAAUAUAGUGACACUCGGAGCUCCAAAACCUUCAAACAAAACUCUGGUUAAUUUGCUGGGUCAUUCUAAUUACAUCCCCUGGAAAAGUGGACCUAAUGGUGGAAUCCAGCUUCAUCUACCAGACAUUCCAUAUUCCCAAAUGCCCUGUCUGUGGGCUUGGACAUUUAGGCUUAUUUAUUUAAACAAUUAAGUUUGAAUGGCUGACAUAUGAGAAAAACACUAAGUAAAGAUUUGCUGAAUAAAAAACUCUAAGGAUAAAAGGAAACUUCAUUUCCAUAAUCUUCAGCAGGGUUUUGGCUGUUUUUUUUUAAAUCCUUCACAAAGUCUUAUGUGUUGUUAGACUCUAAACAUUCCUCUGGUUCACCUCAAUGUCGGAGACUGCUUUUACUUUGUUUAACUGAACAUUGUUAUUUUUUUUUCAUAUGUAUGCUAAAAACGUGAUAUUACUUAAACAGUGGGAGAAUAAGCAUGUAUAUGGCUAUCAUAUUUUUUUAUUUUAUCUCCCAGUCUGUGUGAUUACUUAUGCCAUGCCACUGUUUAUGUUACAUUUAACAAUAAAAACAAAUAUAUAUAACAA